GAUUUCGAUCUGACUUCUUCACGGGAAGAUGUGGACGGUACGAGCGCAUGGAAUCAGUGGCUUAUCGGUCAAAUUCCCAAUGUCUUCGCCCACAUGAUCGAAGAAGCAGUGGAGCUUUACGAAUCGCCCCAGUCCAACCCGGAUUCUAUUGCCUCAGUGACUCAGCUUUCAAGAAACCAUUUCUUGGCUCGUCUUCUAUCGUGCUUGCCAUAUCAACUAGACAGUCCACUUGGGCAGGCCCAGACGUCGGGCGGCCUAUUCUACGGGUUGUCGGCUCAGUUACGCUUACGCCUGAGUCGGCUGCCGUGGUUGCCUGUUCAGGAAAGUAAACCAAUGGCCAAAGAGUCGAUUUCACCAAAACCGGAAGCGAAAUCGAGCUUGGUCAUACCCGGUCGCAUGUUGCUUUCUCCCAUGGAAAGAGAUGAAUCGUCAGAGUCCGCAUAUCGACCGUUGCGCGUUCUCACUGAUCUUCUUAUAACGCAACUGAACAUGUACGAACCCCACAGCGAUCUGAUUAUUCUCCCAACGUCAAAUCAAUCUCCUGAUCCCGUUGUUGAUGAUGGCACCCCCGACCGUCAUAUUCAGUCAACCCGAUCUAGUUCUGAUCCACAUUCAACUUGGUUGAUCACAAGGAAUCGUCGGGACGCUUUGCUGUGGCUUGGCGUUCAAACAAUAUCGGUCGACUCAUUGCUUGAUCUGGCUGGAAGUCUGAAUCAAGAUGACUACAUUCAACUUCUGUCAAUUUUGGGACCAAUACUGGAACCAUGUGCUUUGGAAUCGUCAGCUGUUCAGAGAACUAGUAUUGGCAUCGGACUCCCAAGCUUAUUAAUCCAGCCCAAUCCCGAAGGUCUAGAUCUAAAAGUCGCUCUUCCCGAGGUAGUCUUCGCUGAAUGGAUUGAACCGGUAUUAGAACAUCUACAACUGCAAACUGAAGACAUACAAGACCCGCCUAACGCGUCUGUCGAUUGGCUGUUGGCUGUCGGUCAGCUUUAUGCCUCUUUGGUUUGUCUAUCUGACUGUCCAUCUUUUGCACAGUUGCCGUUCAAAUUACCCCUUGUCAUCAAGGAUCGUGCUGAGCGUUCCAUAAUCGUCCCGCCCCUGAGCUGUCUCCCGAAUGAACGUCGCAGUGAACCCAUCUUCCUGCCACCUACUUCAUUUACAAUCGCCGCUGGCAUCAAACAAAACCCGGGCUCACCAGAAGAGUUGGAAACACGAUUGUUCGAAUUCCUCCUCAAUCAAUUAGAAGGUUCCGACGUUAUUCGGUUAAUCUCAGUUGCCUAUUUUACAAAGCCAUUGUCUACCGAUCGACGUGGAUGUCGCUGGUUCCAACUGUUUUCCGAAGCAGGUUGGUUGUGA